UCAAUCAAUCGUCCCCUGCCCAAGAUUAAUAAAAUCAAACAGAAAUAAAAUCGCGGCUCUGAGCUUGUGAAGGAGAUACUUUCUGAUCUGUACAAACAGUCCAUUGUCGAAUAACGACCGCGAAGAUGAGUGCGGAACCCAAUAAUAACCAAGCAAAGGCCGAUGUCCCAGAGGAAGUGGUGGAACCAAAAUCUACAACGGUGGAGGAAUCGAAAUCUACAAUUGAGCAAGAUCCAAAGCCUACAACAACGGAAUCACCACCAGUCAAGAUCGAUGACUCAACUCCAAUUCCACAAAUCACGCCCGAAGAACCAAAACCUACAAUCGCAGAGCCAUCAACAACUGAAUCAGUAGCCGCGGAGCCCACUACGGAACAACCCCAGGAAGCAGCCGUCAAGCUAGAAUCUGUCAAAGAAGCCGACGCGGAAGCAGCCGCUAAACUAGAAGCUACCAAAGAUGCUGAUGUGGAGAAAGCAGCUUCAACCUCUCAACACUCAGUCUCAUUCGACAAGACUACCAAGACACAUGAUGGCUCGCCAUUGUCAAAAUUCUAUUCAGAAUUGCCGGCAAUCCUCAAGGCAGCUGAAUACAAUGAGAUGUGGGGCAUUGUACUUGAUCCAUCGGAAACUCACGUUCAAACAAGUAUAGUUCUCGAGAAAUUCUUGCGAGCAAACACAAAAGACGUUCCUAAAGCCAAGGCUCAAUUGAUUGAGGCUUUGAAAUGGCGAAAGACCAUGCAACCACAGAAGCUCUUGGAAAGUACCGAGUUCGACAAGGUCAAGUUCGGUAAUCUGGGAUAUGUAACGUCUUAUAAUACCAGCGACGGCGGCAAAGAAGUUAUCACUUGGAACAUCUAUGGGGCAGUCAAAAAUGUUAAGAAGACGUUCAGUGACGUUCCUGAAUUUCUUAAAUGGAGAGCAGCACUUAUGGAAUUAUCCAUUAAGGAAUUAGAUCUUGCCUCAGCAACGGAGAAGAUACCUGAAAACGGCCCCGAUCCAUAUCGCAUGAUCCAAGUCCACGACUAUCUCAAUGUCAGUUUUCUACGAAUGGACCCCAGUAUCCGUGCUGCAUCCAAAGAGACCAUCCAAACAUUCAGCAUGGCGUAUCCUGAGCUUUUGAAGGAGAAGUUCUUUGUUAACGUUCCCUUGGUGAUGGGUUGGGUUUUCGCGGCAAUGAAAAUCUUUUUGAGCGCCGAUACAAUCAAAAAGUUCCAUCCGCUCAGCUACGGAUCCAAUCUUGGCAGUGAGAUUUCUCAUGUUGCUGAAAAGUUACCAAAGGAGUACGGAGGAAAGGGGGAAGAACUGAAGAGUGGUCUCACAGUCAAAUAUUCCGAGGGAGAAGCCUCGAAAUCCGCCUAGAAAGAUCAAAUUAACGGCACGAUCUAUGGUCUAAUUCGAGAGGAUGUAAUGUCAUGGGUGGUUAAUGUUCUGGGGAGGAACUAUUCGUUUUAAAUUGGGGCGUUCAAUAUAUCCAUUGCUUUGUAGUUGCUCAUCGAAGUUUAUAAGCUUCAUCUGAUACCAUAUAUAGCAAAGAAACUAUAAUAUAAUAUAAUGACUAUGAUAUAGUUUGA